CCCACCGCGAGCGGAAAAUAAAAACUGAUUUAGUCCCAAAGUCCGCUCGAAAGCUUAUCCCUUUCUUUAACUUCUUCGACCAUGGCCAAUCUUGGACACAGACGACGCUCCUCGUCCGUGGCUCCCUUGCCGGUACCACCCUCACCGCAGCAUACCAAUCUACCUGUUCCCCGCCAUCACCGGGACUCGCAGAUCAGCCUGUCAUCGAGUGCUCCAUCCGUUGGAUCGCUACUGAUGGCGGGCGUGAAUUUAGACGCUCGUCGCUUAUCGCAACCCAAUAUUAGCUUAUCGCAACUUACCACAACCCUUACUAUUGAAUUUGACGGUGGAACGCAUGUCAUUGUACGCCCCAAUCGAGUCAUUCGAGGCAAAGUCGUUUUGGAUGCUGUGGAACCAAUGAAUGUGAGCAGGAUCAAAAUCAAGUUUCGAGCAGAAGAGACAGCAACGGUAAAAGUGGAAGAGGGCGGAGGAGAAGGCAAAGGCGAAUGGAUCCAUCAAGUCAUUACGACAUUUUUCACCACAGAAUUCCGACUAUUUGGCGCCGAAAAUUGCGCGUACUCUCAGUGUGCAUGGGAGGAGCUAGGUCCCGGUCACUACGAAUUUCCAUUUGCAUUAAAGUUCCCGAAUAUAAAUUAUCCACCAUCGAUGGAAGAGCCACCGGGGUUCGGUAUACGAUACAUCUGGACAGCUCAAGCAGAAGGUCCGGCUUUGCAGUCUGGUUUGAAGAGUAGAGAGUACAUCACACCGUAUCGUCCCAUUAUUAUAUCGACGACAGACAAGGAAUGGAAUUACAAAACCACUCUAGUUCGUGACAAGAAGCAAGCGCUUGCAGAAGUGCGAUGCAAAGUGAAUAAGCAAUCUUAUUGUCCAGAUGAACCAUUCAGUAUGCAACUGAACAUCGCCAUGUUACACAGUGAUGCGAAAAUUUCUGGCAUCAGUUUCCAGUUCCGAAAACAUCAUGAAGGCAAAAUGCUCGUUCAACAAGGUACUGCUUUUCGCGAGUAUGUUCGCAACGUGAUUCAAGGUACAGUUCCCAUUACUACGGGUGAAUCAGGGACUAUAAGCGAACCUGUGCAGUUCGAUAUACCAACACGGCUCGUUUCACCGUCAUUCGCUUCACGCCAUACCCGAAUUCAUUAUGAUGUUCAUUUCAAUAUCACCAUUGAGCUUGGUCACCUGUUCAAGACAACCCAUAUUGCCCAAUUUGCUAUUCCAGUAUCCAUUGCCAACCUUCCUCAUGAUCAAUUACUGCGCAUUACUGAGCUGACAUCGGUGCGAUCUUAUCGUGAUUCUCUCGAAUGCCCCAUAUUCUUUGACUCGAAUCUAGACGAACCACCUACUCCGCAGGGAUUACCCAACGAGAUCCUGGGUUCACUGUCAGCCGCUCUAAGGACGCCACCAAAUGCUGAAGAACCUCCCAGUUAUUUCAGCUUACCUUCUUUACCGCCGCAAUUUGAAGGACGAAAAGAACGUACCGAACGAACCGUCUAUUUAACACGUUCAGCCAAAGGCGCAUUCCAUGCCGCCGAACUUGGAGAUACGGUCAUUAUACCUGGAUUAUUUGAUGAAGACUGGUAAUCGCUCAUUUUUAUUUCGUUCCUUUGAACAAUCCAGCGCGGUCACUCUAUAUUCAGCAGAUCGUUUGUAUAAGAUAUUUCAUAAGAAUAAACUAGCCACAUAAAUUGCUACACCGAG